CACUUAAAGCUUGUUUACAUUCCAGCCUGGAGUCUGGCAGCUCAACCAUAAACAGCUGUGCAGUUAUUUCCUGUCGAAAAUGAUUUAAAUAACUUAAAAAAGCUAAUUAUUCAAAUUGCUAUAAAAGUUAAGAAAAUGCGAUAAUUAAUUUGUAAACUGUCAAAAUUAUCAUAAAUACAACAGUCCAGUAUGCUGCCGGCGCAUGGCUACUGCUUCCAACAGCUGCGCUCCCCCGCCGCCCCUUUGCAAAAGCAACCCAACAUCGCUGUCAACUAAACGUCAAAACAGUUCGUGGCCGUCGCGAUAUAAAAAAGAGUGCAACCGAAAAGCAAUGAGGAGUAAAAAUACAAGAGUAAAUCACUAAAAGCGUUUAAAUAACAAAAAGCAAAAACAAUUGCAUAUGUGAAACAAGGCAAUAUGGCUGAUAGAGAGCCGAAAACGCCCGCUCCAUCGCCCACAGAGGAAGGACUAGCCGAUAUUGCGGCUGCCGUUGCGGUCGCAGCUGCUGCUAACCGCGCUGUUGCCCAUGAAGGCGCAGGAGCUCCCAGCAGCGACGCCGCCAGCAGCAGCAGCAGCAACAACAACACUACAAGCAGCACAAAUGUUAAGGUUUUAAUAAUUGGCGCUGGAAUGGCUGGUCUAUCCGCUGCCAAUCAUCUGUUGCAAAAUGGUUGCGAUGAUUUUCUCAUUGUGGAGGCUCGCGGUCGGGUGGGUGGGCGCAUUGUGUCCAUACCGCUUGACAAUAAUCAAAAGGUGGAACUGGGCGCCAAUUGGAUACACGGCGUGCUGGGCAAUCCAAUAUUUGAGAUAGCCGUACAGCAUGGUCUAGUCAGUGUAGUGAACGUACCAAAGCCGCACAAGGUGGUGGCCACCACAGAGGAUGGCCAUCAGGUUCCUUUCAGCAUACUGCAGGAAAUCUACGAGGCGUACGUCUGUUUCCUACGCCGCUGUGAUGAGUAUUUCCUGUGUCAGUAUAGCCCGCCGCCGGACAUUAAUAGCGUUGGGGAGCACAUCAACUAUGAGAUUGAGAUCUAUUUGAGCUCAGUGCAGGAUCCCAAGGAGAAACGGCUGAAGCAAUUGAUUUUCAAUUGUCUGCUCAAACGUGAGACCUGCAUCACCGGCUGCCACAAUAUGAACGAGGUGGAUCUCCUGGAGUUGGGAAGCUACACGGAAUUGCAAGGCGGCAACAUUGUAUUGCCAGCGGGAUAUAGCUCUAUAUUGCGACCAAUGAGCGCACAAAUACCCAAAGGAUCCAUUCUGACAAAGUGUCCGGUGAAAAAGAUACACUGGAAACGAAAAAAGACAUUUACCGGGCUGGAAACCGUUGAUGAGCACUCGGAAAACGAGGAUUCAGAUGAUUCUGAGAAGACCGUCACGGAAGUACCGACGGCUGGAGGUGACGCCCAACGAGGUGCCUCAAUGGAGUCCAAUGCCAGCAGCAAUUGUGAUUACACGCCCGAAGGGGCCGUUCGUGUCGACUGCGAGAACGGUCAGAUCUUUCAUGCCGGUCAUGUGAUAUGCACCAUACCGCUGGGCGUGCUAAAGCAUACGCAUAAGACGCUCUUCGACCCGGAGCUGCCACACUACAAACAGGAAUCCAUUGAGAAUCUCAUGUUCGGCACUGUGGACAAAAUAUUGCUCGUUUACGAUCGUCCAUUUCUCAGCGCGGACAUCUCGGAGGUGAUGCUCCUCUGGGAUGAUGAGGAGCACGAGGCGAUUACCGAGGAGGAGCGCGCCACAGAGGCUUAUCUUAGCAAAAAUUGGUAUAAGAAAAUUUAUUCAUUUGCCAAGAUCACGGAUACACUGCUCCUUGGCUGGGUAUCUGGCCGCGAGGCCGAGUACAUGGAGACCCUAUCACAUGAAACUGUAGCCGAAAAGUGCACGGAAAUUUUGCGCAACUUUCUGCAGGAUCCCUACGUUCCCAAGCCCAAGUUGUGUGUGUGCACUAGUUGGAAAACGCAGACAUAUACGGGCGGUGCAUACACCUCAAUACCUGUCGGAGCGACGCAGGAGGAUAUUGAGAAUCUGGCGCAACCUCUUUACGCCACACCGCAGGCUAUGAAGCCUGCGAUUGUAUUUGCCGGCGAGCAUACGCAUUCCAGUUUUUACUCCACCGUACACGGCGCCUAUUUGAGUGGACGGACGGCGGCACAGUAUUUACUGGCGAAUGACGAACCCGAUGAGAUUAUCAUGGAAUCCGAUGGCAGCGAUUUAAGCGCCUGGAUGCAGGGAAUCGCCCUGGACUGAGCUGAUAAACGACAACAAUUCAUUAUUUAUGUAUUAUAAACUAAACUUAUUUAUGUCCAUUUUAUUAUUUGUAAAUUUACUUUAAAUCUAUAUUUUAUCGCUUUUUUUAGCUAGUGAUAUUAUGAAUUGUGUUUUGUGUAUUUUUUUAAUAAUGUAAGAAGUCUUUUGUUGCUUUUUGUAUUAAAGAUUAAAUCUCGCAAUUGUUUUUAGAUCGCAUCAAUUCGAUCAAUAAUCUCCGUGCACGCUCAGCUUUCACUGUAACAUUAAAAAACCUAUCGAAGAUGUGCACAAAAUGAAAUUGUUUAGAUGAUAAUUAACUAUAACAUACGCCUAUUUUUAUAAAUUCAUAUUAAAUAUAGUCGAGAAUUGAGUUAAGUUGGCAGGAUGAUAAAAUUCAGGAGAAAUGGUACCACACCAAAAAUAAAAAAUAAAUAAAACAAAUUGUAAAUUUAAAUGUAA